GUUUUAGCUGGUCCUUUCGCUAUGGUUGAUUGAAAAUGAAGCGUCAUAAAGCGAAGAUGCGAAGGUGAGAAACAGAAGGUGCAGAGCUAGCACAUAAAAGCCAGAAACGUCCGAGAAAUCAUGACUGGCUCAAAUUGGUCACAAUUACCGUGUUAGCUGCUGGUCCUUACAUUUCUUCCCUUGACGGCGAGUUUGUCUUCGACGACUGGGCCACCAUCCUCAACAACCCAGUAGUUACCGGAAAAACUCCGCUAAAGCAGGUUUUUACCACCGACUACUGGGGACAUCCUAUCGCAUCACCGCAGAGCCACAAAAGUUACAGACCACUGACUACGUUGACUUUCUGGUUGAACUACCGUCUUCAUGACGAAUGGACACUACCGUAUCAUCUAAUCAACAUCGCUCUACAUGCCUUAGCGUCAGUGCUUGUCUCUUCUCUCGUGAGAGAGUUACGGCAUGCUGCUGAACAGUCUUUUAUCUCCGACGAGGCUUUCGUCACCGCGGCACUCUUUGCCGUACAUCUUGUGCACAGCGAAGCUGUAGCAAACAUAUCUGGCAGAGCGGAGCUUUUGAUGAGCACUUUUUCGCUACUUGCACUAAUAUCCCAAAGGCACGUUCGAGGAGAUCCGGUAUGGAGACCGAAUAGACCAUUCUUCCUUAUGGUGGUAAUGGCAGUAUUGAGCAAGGAACAAGGCAUCACUGUAUUUCCAAUCUGCAUCUUUCUGGAAGUUCUUUACUGUCUCCACACCAGUAGAAAAUAUACUGCUGCAGCUUUGCGGUGCUCCAUGCUUUUCUUCUCUGCACUAGUCUUGGUAUUCUUUCGGGUGUAUAUCAAUAACUUUACUACACCGAAAUUUACCGAACUAGACAAUCCAGCAGCAUUUGUCAAGGAUCCGCUCUUGAGGAUAGCCUCCUACUCAUGCGUAUGGCUGAUCAAUCUUCGAUUGCUGCUACUACCGUACUCGCUCUGCUUCGACUACAGUAUGGGCUGCAUCCCACCAAUCACUGCUUGGAGUGAUUACCGUGUUUUAUGCUUGCCUGCAGUGGCAUUCGUGCUGAUCGCUAUCAUUUAUAUCCUUUACAAUACUAAUAAUAGGCUUUUUAUUUUUGGGGCUGCCAUUGGCGGGAUUAGUUUCCUUCCUGCUAGUAAUUUGCUAAUUACUGUUGGAUUCACUGUAGCCGAAAGAGUGUUGUAUCUACCUUCGGUUGGCUUGUGUAUAAUGGUAGCCGUCAUUUAUGUGCGAGCGUCACGAUACUACCAUAACAUGGACAAAAUCGGCUUAGCAGUUCUCGUAAUCGCUAUGAAAUUAACAUAUCAGAGAUCUGAGGAAUGGCGAACGGAACUGGAUCUUUACGCCAGUGGCUUGAGGGUUUGUCCAGAGAAUGCAAAGAUUCACUACAAUCUGGGAAAGGUGCUGAGCAAAACAGGAAACCUUGACGCUGCCGAGCAUAACUAUUGGAAUGCCGUGCGCUUGAAUCCAAACUACGAACAUGCUCUAAAUAACCUGGCGAAUAUUCUGGAAUCCAAAGGAAGAAGCGCAGAAGCAGAACAUCUACUAAGACAGGCCCUUCGCAAAAGACCAAUGUUCGCAGUAGCUUGGAUGAAUCUUGGCAUAACCCUGAUGAACCAGGGAAAAUACCAGGAAUCGCUAGAAGCAUACCGGAAAUCUCUGCAACUUCGGCCAAAUGACGCUGAUUGCAUAUUCAAUCUAGGAAACUUGUAUCAACGAAUAGGCCAACCACUGAGUGCAUUAGAAGCAUGGAGAAACUCAACGAGGCUUGAUAGCAGCCAUGUGCAAGCAGUGACCAAUCUAUUGGUGCUACUGGAUGAGCUUGGACGAUGCGAUGAUGUGCUCGAAGCUGCAAAAACUCUACCGGAAGCCAUGUUGGGGGAACGUGGCUACAAUAGCAUUUCAAGUGGCCACAUGUCUCGGGAAAAAUGUCCUUCGAAUGCUAUGUAUCAUGCAAACCUGGGGGUGCUAUACCAACGCUGGGCCCGAUAUGAACUGGCAGAAUACUACUAUCGCAAAGCACUGUCACUUGAAAGAAAUGAGCGCGUAGAAUUCUACUUGAAGGAGGUCUAUAAAAAAUUGAACGGCACUAGCGAAAAUGCAAAGAGGCGUCUUUAA